CAGGGAGCCUCGAUGGACCCCAGAGCGGAGCAGAGCGCGUCCUGACCCCCGCCCCACACGGCAGCCCCCCUGCCAGCCCCCGUGACUAUGGACGAGUGGAAACUCAACCCCGCCGUCAAGCCCCACAAGAAGCGGAGCUGGUACCUUGCCUGGAAGUACAAGCUGAUGAACCAGCGUGCGCUGCGGAAGCUGUGCCAGACAGGUGCUGUCCUUUUCCUGCUUGUGACUGUAAUUGUGAACAUCAAGCUGAUCUUGGACACCAGGAGAGCCGCUUAUGCAGAGGAGGAGGAGUCUGCACAGGACUAUGAUGAUGAGAUGCUGAAUGUGGAAGUCCCUAGGCAUCCUGUCAGCAACAAGAAGGUCUUGGAUGUUGAGGUGUACUCCAGUCGGUCAAAGGUCUACGUGGCUGUGGAUGGGACAACAGUCCUGGAAGAUGAGGCUCGGGAGCAGGGAAGAGGGAUCCAUGUCAUCGUCUUAAAUCAGGCUACGGGUCAUGUGAUGGCCAAGAGGGUCUUUGACACCUAUUCUCCCCAUGAAGAUGAAGCCAUGGUACUUUUCCUCAACAUGGUUGCCCGAGGCCGAAUCCUGAUCUUCACCAUUAAGGAUGAAGGCUCUUUUCACCUCAAGGACACAGCCAAAAAUGUCCUGAAAAGCCUAGGGAGCCAAGUUGCACCAUUCCUGAGCUGGAGAGACAUGUGGACAUUUGUGGGGAAGAAAGGAGGGGAGGUGUACGGGGAGAAGCACGCCAAGUCACCUGCCCUCUCAACGUGGGGCGACCCGGUACUGCUGAAGACAGAAGUUCAUCUGACAUCCGUGGAAGAUGCUGAGUGCCAUUGGCCUGACACGGAGCUGAAACGCCGGCGGAAGAGGUUCUGCAGCAAAGUGGAAGGUUAUGGCAGUGUCUGCAGUUGCAAAGACCCCACACCAAUUGAGUUCAACCCUGAUCCCCUAAAGGACAAUAAAGUCUUUGAUGUGCCUGUAGCUGUUAUUGCAGGGAACCGCCCCAACUACCUGUACAGGAUGCUGCGCUCCUUGCUGUCGGCUCAGGGCGUCAAUCCACAGAUGAUCACAGUCUUCAUCGAUGGGUACUACGAGGAGCCAAUGGAUGUUGUGGAGCUGUUUGGCCUCUCUGGAAUCCAGCACACUCCCAUCAGCAUUAAAAAUGCCAGAGUUUCCCAGCACUACAAAGCCAGUCUGACUGCAACCUUCAACCUGUUCCCGGAUGCUAAAUUUGCUGUAGUUCUGGAGGAAGACCUUGACAUUUCUGUUGACUUCUUCAGCUUUCUGAGCCAGUCGAUACACCUUCUGGAGGAGGAUGAGAGCCUUUACUGCAUCUCGGCUUGGAACGACCAGGGCUAUGAGCACACGGCUGAGGACCCUUCGCUCCUGUACCGUGUGGAGACCAUGCCAGGCCUCGGCUGGGUGCUCCGGAAGACCCUCUAUAAGGACGAGCUGGAGCCAAAAUGGCCAACCCCUGAGAAGCUGUGGGACUGGGACAUGUGGAUGCGGAUGCCCGAGCAGCGGAAGGGCCGGGAGUGCAUCAUCCCCGACGUCUCGCGCUCCUACCACUUCGGCAUCGUGGGGCUCAACAUGAACGGCUACUUUCAUGAAGCUUAUUUUAAGAAGCACAAGUUCAACACAGUUCCAAAUGUCCAGCUUAAAAAUGUGGAGAGCUUGAGGAAGGAUGCCUAUGAGACCGAAAUUCAUCGUCUCCUGGGCGAGGCUGAGGUCUUAGACCACAGCAAGAACCCCUGUGAGGACUCCUUUGUGCCCGACACUGAGGGCAAAGUCUACGUCAUGUUCAUCAGGAUGGAGCAGGAAGCAGAUUUUACUACCUGGACUCAGCUUGCCAAGUGCCUCCACAUCUGGGACCUGGACGUCCGUGGGAAUCACAAGGGGCUGUGGCGGCUCUUCCGCAAGAAGAACCACUUCCUUGUGGUGGGGGUCCCUGCCUCCCCCUACUCGUCCAAGAAGCCCUCGUCAGUGACACCGAUCUACAUGGAGCCCCCCGCCAAGGAGGAGGGGGCGGCGGCGGUGCCGGCGGUU